ACGUGGUUCCGGCAACCAAGAUGGCGGCGGCGGCCAGUCCCACUUCCUUCGAGUCCGCCGCCCCGCGGAUCCUGCGGCUGGUGGCGGAAUGCAGCCGCUCCAGGGCCCGGGCCGGCGAGCUGCGGUUGCCGCACGGGCCGGUGGCCACUCCAGUGUUCAUGCCAGUGGGCACACAGGCCACCAUGAAGGGGAUCACGACCGAGCAGCUGGACGCGCUAGGCUGCCGCAUCUGCCUGGGCAACACUUACCACUUGGGUCUGAGGCCGGGCCCCGAGCUGAUACAGAAAGCGCAAGGCCUGCACGGCUUCAUGAAUUGGCCCCAUAACCUGCUAACGGACAGUGGCGGCUUCCAGAUGGUGUCCCUGGUGUCGCUGUCCGAGGUGACGGAGGAGGGCGUCCGUUUCCGUUCACCCUACGACGGCGAAGAGACGCUCUUGACUCCGGAGCGGUCCGUGGAGAUACAGAACGCGCUAGGCUCAGAUAUCAUCAUGCAACUGGAUGACGUGGUGAGCAGCACCGUCACUGGGCCUCGAGUGGAGGAGGCCAUGCACAGGUCAGUCCGCUGGCUGGACCGCUGCAUCGCGGCUCACCAACGGCCGGACAAGCAGAACCUCUUCGCCAUCAUCCAGGGUGGACUGGACGCUGAUCUCCGGACUUUGUGUCUAGAAGAGAUGACUCGGAGGGACGUGCCUGGCUUCGCCAUUGGGGGCCUGAGCGGAGGCGAGAGCAAGGACAAGUUCUGGAGGAUGGUGGCGCUGAGCACCUCCAGGCUGCCCAAGAGCAAACCCCGAUACCUGAUGGGGGUCGGGACCCCAGGCACCCCGCGCUGCCCCUGUCGCCCCCGCUGCAGCUAUGCUACUGACUUGGUGGUGUGUGUGGCCCUCGGAUGCGACAUGUUCGACUGCGUUUUCCCCACGAGGACCGCGCGCUUUGGCUCCGCCCUGGUGCCCACCGGAAACCUGCAGCUGAAGAAGAAGCAGUACGCAAAGGACUUCGGGCCGCUGGACCCUGAGUGUGACUGCCCCACCUGCCACAAGCACAGUCGCGCCUUCCUGCACGCGCUGCUGCACAGCAACAACACGGCAGCCCUGCACCACCUCACGCUGCACAACAUCGCUUACCAGCUUCGUCUGAUGAGCUCCAUCCGGGCCAGCAUCGUGGAGAAGCGCUUCCCCGAUUUUGUGCGGGACUUCAUGCGCACUAUGUACGAGCACCCCACCCUCUAUCCCACCUGGGCCACGGAAGCCCUGGCCUCGGUGGGCAUCACCCUGGACAGAGCCGAUGGAGCCGACACGGGACCGCGGCGGGAGGGAAUGAAUGGAAGAGAUUGAAGAUUUCUUUUUUUAAAAAAGUUCUUUGAGCUUGUCUGAGCUUUCUCCGGGCGGUGGCCU